AUGAUUUCGCAUCUCGCGCUCCUGAUCGGCGGCGCCUCUGCGCUGCAGCUGCGACCGCGCUGCGGUCACGUGCGCUGCGCCGGCGAUUACGAGGCGAAAAAUCCGCUCAUCUCCCUCCUCGGCACGCUUCUCCCCAGCAAGGGCGGCGAGGCACAGCAGACAGCGGUGGAUGCGCUUGCGGACAUCGACUGGGAGUCGCCCAAGGCGCGCGGUCUCUCGACGGAGCAGAUGGCCGGCCGAAUCGACACCGGUCUGCGCGAGCGCGGCUGGUUUGUGACCGGCCGAGGGAUGCCGGAGCUCUUCAGCGACAGCUUUCGCUUCUCGGACCCGGACGUGCAGCUGGACGGGUACGAGCCGUACUGUCGGCAGGUCCGCCGGCUCUUCAAUCAGGAGACUUCCGCCAUGGAG